AAUCCUUCGCCACGAAAGCCUGACAUGGACACAGCGAAUAACAAAGCCGACGUGAUAGAGCGACAGCUCCAGGAAGACAAACACAAGAUCUGGGGCUGGGUCAUCUACCGCUGUACCUACUCAAGCGACAGGGACUGGGCAGAUUUUAUGUCGCGCCUGAGCUUCUACAUCCAGCAGUCGCUACAAGAACAUAAUGGGCUCGAUAUGAUGGAAAGCCUGGACUAUCAGGUUUUUGAGAACAAAGCCCUGUUCGACGCUGCAGAGCCUGCCACCGUACGCGAGCACUUCAGGCAAUGGGUACAAGAUGCUCCACAACGCGAGCAAGGCGUUCCGGCAAUGCGGUCUCAACGAUACAACUUUUGCGUCCACGUCGACGAAGAAGCAUUGCAGUCCAUCAUCUCCGGACCAUCUCCACCAAGAGAUGAACUAGGCAGAGGCUACGUAAACUUGGUCUGUCUGGAGAUGUUAGGAGGUGUGCGAGCUGAAUUCGAGACCGACAACACGGAGCUAGAUCGUUGUUGGAUGCGAGUCACGUACCAAGAUCUUAUGCCCACUUGGUACAUCAACUUUCGUACGCAAGGCUCGUGGUUUGUGGAGUACCGGGAGCCGCCUCAGGUU